AUGGGCAUGACAAAGACCCAGCGGAUCGUUCUGCUGCUCAUCAUCGACACUAUUUUCUUUCUCAUUGAGUUAAUCGUUGGAUAUGCCGUCCAUUCACUGGCCUUGGUGGCAGACGCCUUUCAUAUGCUGAAUGAUGUCUUGUCGCUCUGCGUCGGCCUAUGGGCCGUUAAGGUCGCCAACGAAAAGACCAGUUCGAAAUCCUACACUUACGGUUGGCAACGCGCCGAGACUUUGGGUGCCUUGGUCAAUGGCGUUUUCCUGGUUGCUCUGUGCCUUUCGAUCUUUCUCGAAGCUAUCCAGCGCUUGGUAGAAGUGCAGGUGGUGAAAAAUCCAAAGCUUGUCCUGAUCGUGGGCUGUUUCGGCCUCUUUUCCAAUAUCGUGGGCUUACUACUGUUCCAUGACCAUUCCCAUGGACAUGGCGGCCAUGGAGUUGAGGAGGCAACCGAUGUGGAACAGGGAUACGUGGAGGAUGCCGACACCGCGGCAGUAUUAGAUCCAAAUGGCAAUGUUGCUGGUGUGAUGCCACAGAACGCCAUCGAGGCUUGUGAAACAGAUACGUCUGUAAGCACCGUCAGACCAAUUCCUAACCGGGAGGCAAAUGGUAGUUCCGGAGCUGCAAGGAAAAGUCAUGGCAGAGGCCGUCGAUCCAGUGCCUCCGCUCGCGCACAGCGGGACCCAGAUAGCAUCCAGAUCCACCCCGCCAGUCUCCGCCAGGAUAUCAUCGACGCAGGCAGAUUCAGUGAAUCCGAAUCAUCCGGUGCAGAUGACGUUCGUGAAUCGAGUGAAGUCACUGAACGCUCUGGGCUACUACAGAACAGCAAGACAACUUCUACUUAUGACCAAAAGCCUAUGAAAGCCACAAAUGGUGCUCGGGCUGAUCUGCAUGUCGAGCAUAACCAUGCCAAGCCAAAGACUGACAAAAAGGGCCAUGGACAUUCCCACGAUCUGAACAUGCGAGGUGUCUUCUUGCAUGUUGUGGGAGAUGCAUUGGGUAAUAUUGGUGUUAUUGCGUCUGCUUUAGUCAUCUGGAAGACCGAUUAUUCUUGGAGAUACUACGUCGACCCCGGAAUUUCUCUUUUCAUUACUAUGAUUAUCCUCUGGUCCGCUAUUCCUCUCUGCAAAGCCGCCUCUCGCAUCCUCCUCCAAGCUGUACCUGCAGGUUUAAGUGUGGAUCACAUUAUCGAAGAUGUGGAAUCCCUACCAGGCGUCCUUAGCUGCCAUCAUUUACACGUCUGGCAGCUCAGUGAUACUAAACUAGUAGCCUCUUUGCAUAUCCAAGUCAGCCAUGAUAUCAAAGGAGAGGGCUCGGACCGAUACAUGACUUUGGCCCGAGAUAUUCGCAAGUGCCUUCAUGCAUACGGCAUCCAUUCGUCGACUAUCCAGCCGGAAUUUUAUCCGGACAGCGAUGACGAGGGUUCUCCAGCCCCUAGGAACGCGCCGGGGUCUCCACCGCGGAAUGGGUCUGGUUCGGAGACUUCGGCAUGUUUACUUCAGUGCGGUAACGAGUGUGCUGCGGCGCGUCAAUGCUGCACCUAA